ACAGAUAGAUUUUUAUUUUGUACUAACGAAACUAACGAAAAUUUGGUCAACUUCCUACUCCGAAAAUGGAAAUGUUUCAAGAAUAUCUCACUGCACCAUCUGUCGAAGGAAAGGUACAACAACUGAUCGCAUUCCUAGUUCAACAGCCUGCCGAUCAAAUCGACAAUAGCUUUGACUUUAAAGCACAUGACCAGGAUCGUGCCGAAUAUUUUGAUACAAUGAUUGCAGAGGCCUUGACUUCAUUUUUCGAAGUGCCAACCGAACCGUCAGAUAUUGAACCGUUGAGCACUGUCCAGGAUGUGGUCAAUCGUGUGAACAGUGGAAAUGCUUAAGCAAAUUUGCUGAUGAUUGAAAUAAAUGCAUUUUCCACAAUGAAGUGUUUUUAAGAC